ACGUGGGCGCGGCAUGUCCGUGGGGGAGCGGCUUUACAGUCCUAAGGUGUGCAACAGAUGGUCCGGCUCCAAGGAGGGGUGGGCCCACGGCGAGGCCAGGGGUGGGACCCAGUUAGCGCGCAGGCGCGUGACCGCGGCCGGAGGCGUAGUCAGGACAGAGAGCAGGUGCAGAGCUGGGUGGAGAAGAGGUUCGGGCUCCGACAUGGGGAGCGUGGCCAGGGCGGGACUUCAAGCUUCGUCGGGACGUGAGCCGGGCGCGCGGGGACGUGACGGGACGUGAAUAAGCGAAAUGAAGUGUCCCGGCGUGAGGGGCGUGGCUAGGCACAAGGGGGCGUGGCCAAGGUGGCCGCGCGCACGAGCCUCUCAUCCCGGUAGCGAACAGAGUGGUUCCCGCUCUGGGAAACGUUCGGUGGUUCCCAGUCAGAGGCGAUUCCCGUUCUCCAAGGGACAUCUGCAGCGCCUGGAGACAUUUUUGCGUGUCACAAACGGAAGGAAGGUGCCACAGGUUCCUGCAAGUUACUUGGGAGCUGAUCAAGACUUCAGCCUAAAGAUGGUGAUGCUGAGUCGCCUGAGGGUCAUUCUUCAAGCCUCUCCAUGCAAGGCACAGUGGAGAAGGUUCCAGAUUCCGAGGUCCAUGCUAGCCAGGCCCUGCAGCCUCUACACCUGCACUUACAAAACCCGGAACCGAGCCUUGCACCCUCUCUGGGAGAGCGUGGACCUGGUCCCGGCGGGUGAGCGCCAGUCGCCCAUCAACAUCCGGUGGAGGGACAGUGUCUACGAUCCUGGCUUAAAACCGCUCACCAUCUCUUACGACCCGACCACCUGCCUCUGCGCCUGGAAUAACGGGUACUCUUUCCUCGUGGAAUUUGAAGACUCUGCAGAUAACUCAGGUGAGAGCCAGACCUGUCUGUGGUCUCAUCUGGAGUUAAAGGGACAGUUUCAUGUCAGCACAGGCCACGUCGCGAGGCCUCCACGGGAGCGGGGACCUCUUUUGUUAGCAGUGGCACGGGACUCACCGGACUGA